CCUCUAAGCACACGGCGUUGUCCCUAGUAAUACUAAAAUUACCAACUCGCGGAUGUUAGACCAUGAGUUCUGCACCUGGCGUCCCUCAUUUAAUCAUGGAAACGAUAUAUGCACAAGCAUGUACACGCACUCAGAAGUCCUGCAUAGGGUCUUCAGGUACCAGUAUAGCCCACAGGCACUAGGGAGGUCAGUGUUGUCAGCGCAUGACCGCUGCGAUCGGCUAAAAGCUAGAUACUGUGAGUUGGGGGAGUGGCUAAACAGCCUUCCAACACCGUUAAACAAGGCGCAUGAUCAUAUUUUCAUAGAAACACUUAGGCACAAGACUCAGCAGCUACGCAGAGCGUUCCACAUCUUCAUCAUGUACCGCCGAGCUAUCUUCUUCAUACACUGCCCCUGGGUUUCGUUGACAACGUUCCUGGGUGACAAGUCAGACUCAGGGGUCACAGAGCAGAUGCGCGAGCCGUGCAUAGAGCGUUGUAUUAAGUCAGCAACCUCUGUGAUCAAGCUAGCUAGUAGCGGACUGUUCCUUGAGGAGGAGCUUGGAAUUUCAACAACUCCCGGAUUGGCUGAUAUGGGACAGCUAUUACUGAUUUCACUCUUUUGUAUUAUUCACCAUCUAGUCUAUAGCAAGAAGGCGAACCGCAAGGAGCUGAUACCAUAUCUUGCUAUUUUUGGUGGUUUCCUUGGCAGGCUAAGCUUAGACAAUGAGGCGUUACUUCCUAGUUAUUUAGAAUUAGUACACCUACUUUCAGCUAGUUAA